AAGGUCACGUGAUCUGUCAAAAUUUGACUAUGGUGUUUUGAAAUAGUUCCAUCUUCAUACUAAAACAUUAUUAAGUUUUGAACUAACUAUGUCAUUUUCGGAUAAAGGGAAUGGAGAAGACACUGAGAGCAUGGAAACUAUGAAUGUCGAAAAUGCCAAUCUUGAUAAUAGUUUGUCUAGCUUAAUCAGUAAUGAUAUACAGAAUUUAAGUGAAUUAUCGCAAGAACUUACAUUGACCACUGAUAUGGAGACUGAAGAACAGGAAAUAGUGGUAGAAAAUCAAGAAAUAGUGGGACAUGAAGAAGAAGUAGAAAUGGAAGAAGUAGUGACUGAAGAUGUCGAAGUUAGUUUAGAUAUAUCCAAUAAAUCAGAUGAUCAGAUAUUUGACAAUAGAACCACUAAAAUGACUGUGGUACCUCCAUUAAGACCAUUAACUAUUGCUCCAAAACCAACGAAAAUGCCUCUUACCGUCAAGUCUGUUGGGGGUCAACCGUUACUACUAUUGCAGGGAACUGGGGCGAAUCAAGCAAUCAAAUUGGUAGCAUCUCCAGGACAAGAAAUCAAUUUCGCCAAUCUAAUUUCUCGACCUGUAACUUUGAAACCCACAUUCAAAACAAUCUCUUCACAAAACAGCAAUAUUUCCCUUAUUCAACAAAAACCAGUACUGAUGAAAAAAGUACUGACGACUUCACAAAAAAACGUUACAAAACCUUUAACAGCAAUAACAAAACCAGCUCAGCAUUUCAUGGUAGUACAAAAAGCCGAUCAACAACAAAUUAAUGUAUUGCAAACGCCUACCAAAACAUUGACGUUACAGCAAGCGCAAGAAAUGGGGUUGUUAACGAAUGCUAAAAUAACUCAACCCAGCCAAUCGAGUGGAAAACAAACGGUUUUGCUAACAAAAAAUCCUCAAAAGUCCAUUAAAAUCAUACCACAAGUUAGUUCUCAACAAAUUAUUACAACAGGAGUCGGUACAAAAACUGUAACUUUGAAUCAGUUAAAAGUACCGACCAAAAUAUUGCCGGCUGGUUCGAACUCUACUAAUAAAAGUACACAAAGAAUCAUAUUUAAAUCUGCAUCGGGAAAUCAGACUAUUUUACCGCAAGCACAAAUUUUACAGGUGUCUGCUGCUCAAACUUUAAAUACAGGACAAUUGCAUCAAAUCAACAUACCCGGUAGAGGGAUGCAGUAUAUUAAAUUUAUUACGACAAAUACAUCCGAUUCCAAUACCACUACUACCACUGGAACUACAAUCAAAACAACACCAGUAGUAACACCAACCAAUAUUGUUUUAUCUGAAGUUAAGCCAGUAUCGCCGUUAAACAGAAUCAUCCCAAAAAUCCACCCCAAAGACAAACUUCCAAUUUCUCCUAUAAGUAAGCCUUUAAAUACCACUCCUUUAAUGGUUAUUCCCGCUCACAUUCCCGUUACUCAACAGGUUCCAGUUUCCAAGGUUACUGUUCCACCUGCAGCACCGCCUCCGAAAAAUACACCAACCCUGAAGACAAAUGCUGUAUCUGAAAAUACCUCACCGGUUUCAACGAAAGAAGAAGUCGAUGCUAAUGGCAUGAGACCGAGAAAACCUUGCAACUGUAAUAAAUCACAGUGCUUAAAAUUAUAUUGUGAUUGUUUUGCAAAUGGUGAGUUUUGUUACAUGUGCAACUGUAUGAACUGUUAUAACAAUUUGGAAAAUGAAGAACAUAGGAAUAGAGCAAUUAAAGCUUGCCUUGAAAGAAAUCCCAACGCGUUUAGGCCGAAAAUUGGAAAGGCAAAAGAUGUAGCAGGAGAUAUUUCAAUAAGGAAACACACGAAAGGUUGCAAUUGCAAGAGAUCAGGUUGUUUGAAAAAUUAUUGUGAAUGUUACGAGGAAGAGACGCCAUUUCACUGACGAGAUGUGAGCUAUUGAAGGUUUUUGUUGAUAAAUGUUGUUAUAACUUUCGUUGGACGUAAAACAGUGUGACCAACACAUUCACAAUGAAAUUCCCUUGUCCUGAGAGAAAGAACCAGGUCCAAAGGUUUACCGCCGAUUUUUAAAAAAAUUGUUGAACAGAUGGUAUCAUAUAUGAUACCAUGCCCGUUUAUGGGUUAAAUGAAUUCAAUCAUAACCACACAAAUUAUUUUCUACAGGCGUUAUUAACAAUAAGGAGAAUAAUUUAUAUCGGGUAACCUUGUACAAGUUGAUUCAUUAAGUAUGAGACUAUCCAAUACCAUGCAAUUACUAAUUUUAAGGAAUAAAUGAUCAAAUAAAAUCUUCUCACGGACUCUCAGUGGUUACAGCUCAUUGGAAAAAUCUAACAUAGAUUUAGUACAAUGUAUGUAUAUAGGUACCAUAAAUUCAAGUAGAAACAUUAAUAUAUUUUAUAUUAUUAUUUUGGUUAUUAAAUCCGCCUCUUUAAUUUAGCAUAAUUUGUGAAAAUCAGUUCAAACAUUGAUACAUUUGGCCAUUGCCUUUUACCUCAAACUAUUUGCACUCAGUACAGCUCUCGAAACUAUAACAUUAAGUCUAUCGAAGCCUCUUCUUAUCCCCUUAUAGGACCUUUGAAGGUGCCUGACCUGAAAACCUGUCCAGCUACAUUUUUACCUGGUUUGUACAUACUAGAACUAAUGAUUCCUAUUCGAAUAGUCGACGUGAUAGCUCUUCUUCCUUAAACCAAUGGCCUCCUCCACUGUCUUUAAUGAUUUUAUUGCUCUUCUUUUCUGAGAGCGUUGCCACUGUUGCUCCUCAUGAACAUUCACAUCCAUCCUCAACCUAAAGGAACUUCAUCCUUCAUAUCACCUCUAAAUAUAUAUUGCUUAGAGAUAUCUCAAAGUUUAAUUGAAUUCCUAUUCGCCUUGGGUUCAAUUAGCUCAGCUAUCAGCUCUGAAAUUUUUACCUUUCUCUGUCAAUAACUAUCCAUUUCCUUUUCCCUCGUGUUGUGUGCUAUUUUUAAAGGUUAAAAACAUUCCGGAAUAUUCGGUAACUGCAUAACCUCAAAUUGUAAAGAACCCAAUUAUAUUUUGUAGAUGAUAUAAUAUCGCUUAUAAAUUUGACAACAAACUGAUAGCAGCGGUAACAAGAACUUGUUAUAUAAUAGUCAAAAAACUAUUUUCCUGUGGAAAUGAUGAUACCUUGAAGACAUU